AAAGUGCAUGGUGAAGUUUCACUUUUAUAAACCAGCUUGAGAGUAGGACUUUACUGUAACAGCGUGAUUCAUGUUCGUGUUCAUGAUUUUGCACCAAAUCUUAAUUAUAUCAGCAUUUAGUUUAUAACACUUAACUUACACUUUGCUUGAAACCUGUUUAGUAGUUUAAAAAUACAGUACAUGUACAAAAUGUGCUGUCUCCAGUCAGGUGAAGUGCUCUGUAGCAACAUGUAAUUGAGAUCCGACAUGUAUGUAUUGACGUGUUAGGCUAACCAUGCUUCAGCAUGAGCCCAGGUUAAUUACAUCACCAGGUUGGCUGGCAGACUUGUACAGACAAGUCCCAGUCAGGUUCAGGGGCUGCCUGAUGAAAAACACCUUGUCGGCACACACAAGCCAUAUCCAUGUAGAUAAUAUUGUGGCUGGCAUUUAAAUUGGAUGAGCUCCAACAGGGGUUCUGAUUACUAACAGUGACAUAAGGAACUAAACCUGGCCUAGCAAGUUCAGACAGUUGUCAACAAUAUAGUAUAUAGUGGACAUUCACUGUUGUAUUUUAAACAUAUGACAGGACUUGUACAUGUAGUUAUGUGGAGUGUGUAUUAGAUUAAAUGCGAGGAAUCCACUGACAGAUGUUAUGCUGUCCACUGUCUCACACUGACCUUUCAUUGUGUUGACCACUAAACCUGCUAACCAUGCUACACAGAGGGUACUAUUUCCGGCCUAUUAUGUCCGCAAGUCCCUUAGAUAAGUCAUCGAGUGACCUUUCUUCUUCACAGGUUGAGAGCACUACUACUACUACCAGCACCACAGGAAGUGGGCAAAGCCCCACAGAGACCACGACCACCACCACCUCCACUUCCAGAUCCCAGUAUGUAGUGGCUGAGGAAUACACUGUGGGUGUGCCUCUGUUUCGACCUAAGCAAGAACUCCUCAGAUUUUUGCAAUCAGUUGGAGCCACGGGAGAAAUCUUCACAAGGAAGGAGAUUUGUCAGUUCCUGAAACAGUACAUCGGGAGCCACAGCCUGUACGACCCCCAUGACCCACGACUAGUGUACUGCCAGGGCACUCUGCUGGCGGAAGUGUUUGGGGUGGAUAAGUUCACCAUCAGUGAUGUCCUGGAUCUUAUUGGAAAAAACUGUUACCAAGUCCCAGAUACUUGCAUCAAACGAAAGUGUCACUACGUGACAAGGCCUUCACAUGGUAGCAAUGCCAACCUAGCUGGACCUCCACAGUCAACUGUGCCUCAUCCCAUCUUCCCCAGCCACCAGGCUGUUACUAGCUCCGGGAGUGGUUCUCUAACCAUAGAGGUCUGCCGAGCGUCACCGAUUAUCACCAGUAGUACAGGACCCCAUACAACCUCAAAGGGAUGGAAGUCACCCAAAUGUACAACCGAGGAAGCUUCCUCUCACCAACAGGAUGUCCCUGCUGUAUCGGGGAAGAUGCCUUCACGAGCAACCACCAAAAGGAAACGCAAAGAUACGGGUGGAUCAAGCGGAUCCUCUGACACAAAACGUCGUCCAGCGUCAGUCAGUAUCACAUACAAUGAGCCUGACAACGAUGGUGCCAGGUAUCCCUGGUACUUCCAGGUCAAGAUGGAAACGACAGACGAUGAAAGCGAGGUUCUCAGUAUACAGGGGAAGGAGACGACACGUGUUCAGGACUCGACAGACGACAUGUGGUUCGUGGAGGAUGACGAGUCUGUGGCCGUGAACUCUCUUGCAGUAGAUGUAGAUUCUGAUACUUUCUCUGUUGAGUAUGAGCUGGAUUCAGAUGAUGAAGACAACACCAGUUCUUCUGAGUCGUCGUCUCCAUUUUCUGGAGGGGAUGUGUUGGUGGUGUGCAAUGAUAGCGAUGUCCAGUUUUGGGCUGACCAUUCAAGUGGACCGGAGACUGACACAGAGCUCUCUGACGAGGACAAGUGGUCUUGUCAAGAAUGUCAGACCAAGAAUUCUCCCACUCAAAGGUAUUGUUCCCGCUGUUGGAAGCUGCGUCCUGAUUGGCUGCCUGACAGAGAGGGUGAGACACGCCAGUCAAAGUACAGUAAGAGGCGAGUUAAGGCUGUCCCUGGUGAGGUUUCAUCUUCUGAUGGAGAAAUACCGGAUUCUGGUGUAUACACUAGUUGUAGCUCUGCCACACCAACAUGCAGUCAAACAACCGAUGAAAAAUUAGAUGGUAUUGAGGAUUCUAAAUCUGACAAACAGAAUAGGAUAUCAUGUCCAGAGAAAGAAAUCUCAUUGAAAGACAGCCCACAGGCAAAGUUUAUAGGAAUGAGAAGAACUUUCUUAAACUACAGAUCUUUGAGUGACAGUUCCAAAGAAAAAGAUGAAAUAUUGAAUGAAAAAAUUGAUGGAGAAAAAAUAUUUCAACUGAACACUGAAUCUCAAGCAACCGAAAAAUUGUCAAAAGAGGAAACACCAGUGUGCGGGCCCGAGGAAAAGACUCCACAACAAUCAAAUGAUUCAAGGUCGGGUGUGAUUCUGCAGCCGUUACCUAGUGACAUGUGUAUGACAUGUCUUUGUCGACCUAAAACUGCAAGCAUCAUCCAUGGUAGCACAGGUCAUCAAGUCUGCUGUUUCAAGUGUGCUCGUCGCCUUAAACGUCAAAGAAAACCCUGUCCAGUAUGUCGCAGACCUAUACAGAAAGUCAUCAAAAACUUCAUUUUGUAAAAACAGAAAAAAUACACAGCAAAGCCUGAAAUAUCCUUUCAUUGUCAAAAUAUAUAUUUUUCAUCUUCUCUUUGUCAUCAAAAGUAUGAAUAUCUGUUUAUCUCAGAAAUAUGAAAAAUUAAAAUGUCAGGUAAUAUAAAAAGUACAAAAUUAAUGUCCAUUUUACUAGUAAUUGUUUUUUAAUGUUAUGUAUGUUAAACAAAUCUUUUAUUUAUUGUGCAAUUUAUAAACAUACAUGUACAUCAUAACUUUGUAAGCAUUCCUUGGAUCAUACUUUUAUAUGUACUAUAUCUGUAUUAUCAGUUAUAAAAAUGAUAUGAUGUUUAUAAAUGGUACAUUGUAAUUGUAUUUUGAAAUAAUUUUUUUGUCAGAAUUUAGGAAAAUCAAAAUGUGAAUUUAGGAUCAUUACCGAUACAUUAAAUGCACCUAUAUCUAGCAACACUAUACAAAGUUUAAUGUACCGGUAGAAAUUAUAUUGACAAAGAUAAACCAGACCAGGGUUAUUCUUUAUAUCAUACUCUCAUAUCUUCUGAGAAUCUUAUAUAUUGAAAUUAUGUUAUGAAUUUAAAAAUCUCAUUUUAUAAAAUUGCAAUAAGAGCCUUUGAAAUAGGAGGUUCAAACAAAACAGUAUAUCUUUACAACGUAGGCAUUAUUUUUAUUUGCUGAAACUAGCACAUGUGUUCGGCCUCCAAUAUUCAAUACUGAAUGGAUUAAAACUACUAAGUUACCCAGGAAAAUGUUUCCCCUAUUAUUAACAUUUGGAAGAUAAUUUUUGGGCAAAACUUUGAAACUAUUUAAUAUUUACAACAUGCUACUUUAACUUACCAUCUCACCAAGGCAUAUCUGUUACCCAGGGUAUAAUAUUUUAAACAGACACGGCUUGCGACUGUGAUUUGAUAAUCACUAGCAGAAUGGUUUUGGUCACACUUUGUACCUGUUUGUACAUCAAUUUAUAAUGGCCACUGUAUUUCUGGCUUUUGCUGCUAUAAAGGUCUUUCAUCAAUUGUAUAGUGUGUACAUACAAUCCUUGUAUUGUAGAUGUUAUCAGUGCAAUGCUGAGCCAAGUUUAUUGAUGAUUUGUUGGGUUAUGUUUGUUUCGGCACUACCUCAAAUAAUUCCCAGUGUUCAAGUUUCUUUGUUUUUUCCAUAGCUUUGCUGCAAGCAUUAAUUGAUAAAAGGAGGUGUAGAAUUAUAUCAUAUACAGUAUAUAAUUAGGUAGUAAGGCAAAGGUUGUAUGAAUUGAAGUGUAAUAAUUCUCAUAGCAAAUGUCUGCCAGGAUAAAGUGCAAUGUUAAACAUGUGUUCCUUCAAUGUAGAUAUUUUUACAUUUAUUGUAAUUCAUCUAUUGUCAUCAUGUAUACUAAUGACAUAAGUCACUACCAUGUGCAAAUGAUAUGAUCAGGUCAGCCAGUUAGUGUCUAUUUUCAGCCCACCAUCAUCAGAUGGUGUUCCAUUCAAAUCGCCCUCUGUCUGUGGGAUUGCAUCUGUCCUUCUGUAAACCUUGAUAUUUAUGAUAUUCCUCAAACUUCAGGUGUAGGUUCCCCUUGGUCCUUAGUUGUGCUAAAUGCAUUUAAUUCUUUGAUCAGAAAAACAAGAUGGCCAACUGGUGGCCAUCUUGGAUUUUGAGAAUUAAAGUUUGUUAUUGCUAUUUCUUGAGAAGUACUGGAGGGAUAUACCGCUAACUUCAUGUGUAGGUUCCCUUUGGUCCCUAAAUGUGCAAAUUAAGAUUUUUGAUCAGAUAAACAAAAUGGCCAACAGGCGGCCAUCUUAAAAUUGUUAUUGAUCUUUCUUGAAAAGUACUGGAGGGAUAUUUCUCAAACUUCACAUUUAGGUUCCAAUUGUUUAUGUUAUCAGAUUAUUAAGAGGCAAAAAAAAAGAAGGAAGGGAAAAGUAGACAGAAGAUCGGUCUGACUUGGAACUAAUAGAGAUCAUUCAGUGGUGGGAGCCAACUGCCUCUGGGAUCUCUUGUUGUUAGAAUUGAAAGAAUCACAUGGUAAUUUAAAUAUAAAUACUUUCAAUAAUAAACAACAAUUUUAUACAAGUUUCUAAGAGCUAAAAUAAUAAAAGUAUUGCCAGAAACAAAUAUGUAAAUACAAAUGUGAUGAAUAUAAAAUUAAAUUGAUUAUAAGGCUCUUUACUUGGUGGCCCUUUGAACAAAAGUCUUUAACCCAUGAUUGUGAAAGGGUCCGAAAAGAUUUGUUAGCUCCUCAGGUUGGCAGCAUUGAAGAGAGUACUGUUGUACUACUUGUAAACAGAUUUUCUUGGUUACAACAAUAAUUUGACUGUGUUAUGCUCGUUUACAACCAUAUAUUUUACUGUUGUAGCUGGGUUUUUUUUUUUUAAUAGUGCUAAGGAAAUUAAAAAAACUCUAAAUUUAUAAUAAGGGUUUAUUUAUACACUGUACAUUUUUGUAAGUUUUGUAAUAGUUACUUAACAUUAAGCCUGAAUCAAAUAAACAUGCAUAUAUAAAGUUCUGUAUAUACCUUCCUUGGGGCUUUGAAGUAAAAUUUGUACCUUGUCUGAAAAGAGUUACCAUGCUUUUUGAACAUUUCUUAUUUUUCCUUUAAUAAUUAUUCACUUAAUAUUAAGUUUAUAGAUUUUCAUUUUCUUUGCAAAAAAAGUAGAAGAAAUGGGAUUUGCAGUAAAAUAAACAGCAUAAGACUAUGUUAGAUGGCUUUGUAUGCUAAAUUGACUCAUCAGAACAGGUUUCUAUUUUAUUUAGUGACUUGUUUUACUAGAAUAAGUUUCUUUGUGUAACCGGUCAGAAUAGUUUCUAUGUGUGACCUGUCAGAAUAAGUUUCUGUGUGCGACCUGUCGGAAAAAGUUUCUAUGUGUGACCUGUCGGAAUAAGUUUCUAUGUGUGACCUGUCAGUAAGUUUCUAUGUGUGACCUGUCAGAAUAAGUUUUUGUGUGUGACCUGUCAGAAUAAGUUUCUGUGCGUUACAUGUCAGAAUAAGUUUCUGUGUGUGACCUGUCAGAAUAAGUUUCUAUGUGUGACCUGUCAGAAUAUGUUUGUGUAACUUGUCAGCAUAAGACUUUGAGAGUGACUUGUCAGAAUAAGUUUCUGUGUAACUUGUCAGAAUUUGAUUCCGAGAGUGACUUGUCUGAAUAUGUUUGCAAGAGUGAUUUGUCAGCAUAAGACUCUGAGAGUGACUUAUCAGAAUAAGUCUGAUUUGUCAGAAAAAGUAACUGUGAGUGAUUUGUCAUAAUGUGUUUCACCGGUCCCAUACUUGUUCAUUACUUGCCAUCAAGCCCUUUUGUUUAGACUUGGGAGCCUCUCCACAGAGCCAUUUAGUACUGUUGUAUAUGUUACUGUCAAAAUUUCAUUUGUUUAAUUAUUACUUCAACAAUGUAUAAAAGUUGUGCUUCAAGAUGUAAACGUUUUUAAGGAGUGCUUCAUUUAGAUUAUUUUCCUGUUGAAGAUUUUAAUCUGUUCAAACCUGAAUACAAAGUGCAGUUUCUUGUCACCUUUGUUCGUCUGUUCCAUAAUUAUUUUGUUAUAUACAUUCUGUAUACUGUUAACAGGUAUAAAUAAAUGUUGUACUAAAAUA